GCGCAUGCGCAGUGGUGUCCUUUUUCUGUGGUCCUUGACGAGUUCCGUCAAGUCGUAACUGUUUUAGACGUAAAUAGCUGAUUUUGUCUUUGCUGUAAUUUUUUUUGUUUACGUUUGUAGUCUUUUUUUUUUAAUACAACGUUGUUGUUGUGGUUUUAUGAGCUCGUCGGUCAGGUAACCAGCGAGUUACUUUAAUCGUUCUGAGUAAGUGGCCCGAUAGGAGCUAAAAGCUAGCAGCUAAGAAACUUUGACAGUUAAGGAGCUAACAGCGCGCUAACUCGGUUUAUUGGUGAACUCGGUUAGUAUGAGCUGUUCCUGGUGAAGUUCCUCAUUUAGAGUCGAGGAUCAGAAAAGUGGGCUUCCUGCUUUUACCCUUAGACUAGUUCUUUGAAGGAGUGUCCGCUUUGAAGCUCCAUGCCAAAUGGCCAAGAAGACCUACGAUUUGUUGUUUAAACUCCUGCUUAUUGGAGAUUCAGGCGUUGGCAAAACGUGUGUGUUGUUUCGCUUUUCGGAUGACGCGUUCAACACUACGUUUAUCUCAACCAUCGGGAUAGAUUUCAAAAUCAAGACAGUUGAACUAAAUGGCAAGAGGAUCAAACUUCAAAUAUGGGAUACAGCUGGACAGGAGCGUUUUCACACCAUUACAACCUCUUAUUACAGAGGAGCCAUGGGGAUCCUGCUGGUGUAUGACAUUACCAAUGCUAAAAGCUUUGAAAAUAUCAGCAAAUGGCUGCGAAACAUUGAGGAGCAUGCAAAUGAGGAUGUGGAGAAAAUGCUGCUUGGUAACAAGUGUGAUAUGGAAGACAUGCGUGUGGUACCUAAAGUAAAGGGAGAACAGAUUGCCUCAGAACACAACAUCCGCUUCUUUGAAACGAGUGCAAAAGCGAACAUCAACAUCGAAAAAGCUUUCCUCACACUCGCUGAGGACAUUCUGCAAAAGACCCCUGGAAAGGAGCCGACCAAUGAAAACGUUGACAUAAACAGCAAAAGUGGCUCUACAGGAGGGUUCAGGUGUUGCAGUUGAACAGCAGUUUUCCCCUGCUUUGCUUCCAAAAACCCUCACACCAUUUACAAUGCACAAGAUUGAUCUCUUACAACUAUGUUAACCUAAAUACCCAUUAUGCUGGAUGAGACCUUUACCUCUCACUGUACUUUAACUAUUAAACAGAACAUAAAAUAGCCCAUUUUCUGUUAGUCAUAUUCGAUCAAACAGGACCUUUUGUUACUUUAGUGAUGAUCUGACAGCAGCACUGUGUACAGGGAAACCACGUCAAGUAAUCACACACUUACUGAGAACUACAAAAGGGAUGCGUAACACUUAACAUUCAUGUUAUUGUGAACUCUGAUUGUGCCUUAACACCGUUUAGAAACAGGAGAGCUUAGUUUAUUUGACAUUUCUUAGAUAGUGGUUGAAUUACUGAAUUGUGAAUAAGUGUUUUAUGUGACACUUCCCCUUAUAACAUUCAUGGUUGUGCCUUAUGACCUGCGGCAAUGAAGUCAAAAGACUGUUCUCUGUUAUUCCACGGUGUCACGUUUUCAUGCGCCCAGUGCACAUACAGUGCCUGUAAAGGCACAGACUGGCCUGAUUGUCAUGGUCUUGUUAAUAACUUGCAUGCUAAUUGGCUUAAAGAGUCAGUGUCAGGGAUCACAUUCAAGAGAAAUACUUCAGACCUUCUUGUUUGGUUCGAAGUAACAAGUUAUUUUCCUUAAGGAUAAGUCAGAAGUAAUUCUACACACUUGUUUAAUGAACAAAUGCUGCUCAGUCCCACUGAUGUUUUAUCUGUCUGAGAUUGUGCACUUUAGGGGCUACGCUGAACAUAAGAGUCCCAGAUCCAAAGGUCUAUUCUGGAUGUGUGUGCGUGAGAUUUUAGGCUUAUGAAAUGAUCUAUGCCUAUCAGCAUGUUUGGUUAAAUUGCUGCUCUUUGGGGUUUGUUUGUUUUUUUCUUCCUUUCUAGGAAGUUGGUUUCAGCAGGUCACUUCCCUGUCCUUUCCAGCAUUAAUCUUUUAAUUAUAAUUUUCAUUGGACAAUUGUUGUGGGGGUGCAGAGGACCUUUUUUGGUGAUGGUGAGGGGAAGUUCAGAAUACACUCUUAUUUCCAAACAGUGAUUUAUGAUGUACUAACCAUAAAGGUAUUUCAACCUGUAAAAUGUUUUGAUUGUUAGUGAUUGUCACUUUUGCUGAGUUUUUGGGUGGAUUUUCUACAUUUCUUCUUAAUAUUCUUCUCAACAGGCAUUACUCGUAUUCAGUAAGUGUUGACUGGUAUAUCUUGACUUUCUCUCUGAAUCUAAGUAACAGCUUUUAUUAUUAUAACUUCUUACUGAUACAUUUAGCACUUUUUUUUUUUACUGAUGAAUUUAAGUACACUAGUUCAUGGCAAGAUGACUUGAAAACUAGUUGUGAAGGUGGACACUGCCGAUUUAAAAAUAAAGAAAUUUAAAAAAAAAAAUUCCAACACGGGAUUGAACGCUUUACUACUUGGAUAGUAAGUACAUAGGUUUCCUUAAAUGUAGUGGUGUUUUUUUUGUUUUUUUUAAAGGUCUAAAUUGAGGAUUGCUAGUGUCCACCUUGGAUCAGGCUAAAAACUGACUUUUUGGUUUACAUUUGAAUAACUAAUUCUGUAAUAAUAGAAAAUCAGAAUGAUGAAUAAAAUGUUUCUUGAAUUAGAAGACUUAAUAGCAUGGCAUUUUCUGUUCACAGGACUGUGUAUAGUUAAAAUAAAAAGGGAGUGAUGGGUUUUGGAUGGUAGUUUGAUAGUGCAAUAAACUCACUUUUCAAAAACAAA